CUCAACUAAGUUGUACUCCAAGCAUGGCAGACAUGAGCUCGCCUCAUUCGACAGGAACUAUCAUCGCCGUCACUUACGACAACGGUGUCGUCCUCGGCGCCAAUUCUUGCACCAUCACCGGCACGCACGUGGCGAACAGGGCAUCCGACAAGAUCACGCAGCUGACCGAUAACGUCUACCUCUGCCGCUCCGGCUUGGCCGCCGAUUCGCAAGCUGUUUCGGAUCAAGUGCGCUGCCAUCUCCAUCGGCACACGAUGAGCCUUGGGCGGCCAGCUACGGUGAAGGAAGUCGCAAACAUCGUCAGGCAAAUAUCAUACAACCACAAGAGCAUGCUACGAGCGGACAUGAUCGUGGCAGGAUGGGACGAGCGCGGAGGAGGUCAAGUAUACGGGGUGCCUCUCGGAGGAACAGUGAAUUUCAUUAGAAAAUAUAAGGAUGAAAUUUACAAGGUCGAAAUUGAAACUUGAUGCAUUUUGUAAGGACCAAAAUAGUAGAUAAGCCGUAUAUAUAUUUAAUGUACUUACAAGUUG